UGCACCAGGAAGUCUCUCGCCGGGGACGUCUUAUGCAGCUUUGUUGUGACGAUGAUGGAGGAGGAAGAAUUUGAGUUGGCGGAGGAUUUGGAGUCGAUUCUGCAUCUCACCCCGGAGGUGCAGCUCGCCAUUGAGCAGGUUUUUCCCAGUCAGGACCCUCUGGACAGAGCAGACUUCAAUGCUGUGGAGUACAUCAACACACUGUUCCCCACUGAGCAGUCCCUGGCCAACAUUGAUGAUGUGGUUAACAAGAUUCGUCUCAAGAUUCGGCGUCUGGACGACAACAUCCGAACGGUGGUGAGAGGACAGACCAACGUUGGCCAGGAUGGCAGACAGGCUUUGGAGGAGGCCCAGAUUGCCAUCCAACAAUUGUUUGGCAAAAUCAAAGACAUCAAGGACAAGGCAGAGAAGUCUGAACAAAUGGUUAAGGAGAUUACGAGGGACAUAAAGCAGUUGGACCAUGCCAAGCGCCACCUAACUACAUCCAUCACCACCCUCAACCACCUGCACAUGUUGGCGGGGGGUGUGGACUCUUUAGAAGCCAUGACCAGAAAGAGGCAGUAUGGUGAAGUUGCCAACUUGCUGCAGGGAGUGGUCAAUGUGCUGGAACAUUUCCACAAGUACAUGGGCAUUACCCAGAUCAGACAGCUUUCUGAGAGAGUGAAAGCAGCACAGAGUGAGUUGGGGACUCAGAUCCUGGCAGAUUUUGAAGAAGCCUUCCCCUCUCAGGGCUCCAAGAGAACAGGUGGUCCAAGUAACGUGCUGAGAGAUGCCUGCCUGGUGGCCAACGUGCUGGACCCGCGCAUCAAACAAGAGAUCAUCAAAAAGUUCAUCAGGCAGCACCUCUCAGAGUACCUGGUGCUCUUCCAGGAAAACCAAGAUGUUGCUUGGCUGGACAAGAUCGAUCGCCGCUACGCCUGGAUCAAACGGCAGCUGGUGGACUAUGAGGAGAAAUAUGGACGCAUGUUUCCUGAAGAAUGGUGCAUGACUGAGAGGAUUGCUGUGGAGUUCUGUCACAUCACCAGGGUGGAGCUAGCCAAAGUGAUGCGAACCCGAGCAAAGGAGAUUGAGGUGAAACUGCUUCUUUUUGCCAUUCAGAGAACCACCAACUUCGAGGGUUUGCUGGCCAAACGCUUCACAGGAUCCACCUUGACUGACGUACCUGGAAAAAAGAGAUCAGAAAGCCCUCUCGAACCUACCAACCCCUUCCUGGAGGAGGAGCCAGGUGAGGAUGUGGAUCUAGCCAAGCCCAGGAAGCCCAAAGCUCCUGACAACCCUUUCCACGGCAUUGUCUCCAAGUGUUUCGAACCUCAUCUAUAUGUCUACAUAGAGUCCCAGGACAAGAACCUAGGCGAGCUGAUCGACCGGUUUGUGGCCGACUUCCGAGCACAAGGCCCACCCAAGGUGGGCACGGAGGAAGGCGGAGCGGUCCUGCCCAGCUGUGCUGACCUCUUUGUCUAUUACAAGAAGUGCAUGGUGCAGUGCUCACAGCUGAGCACCGGAGAACCAAUGAUCGCCCUCACAACUAUCUUCCAGAAAUUCCUGAGGGAGUACGCCUGGAAGAUCCUCUCUGGAAACCUUCCAAAGUCCAGCAGUAGCAGUGGGGGUCUCACUAUCAGCAGUCUGCUGAAGGAGAAGGAAUUUUCAGAUGCUUCAAAGUUCACUGUAGAUGAGCUCUGUCUGAUCUGUAGCAUCCUCAGCACUGCAGAGUACUGUUUGGCUACCACACAACAGUUGGAAGAGAAACUAAAGGAAAAGGUAGAUAAAGUCCUGGUGGAGAGAAUUAACUUGACUGGAGAGAUGGAUACAUUCAGCACUGUGAUCUCAAACAGUAUUCAGCUGAUAGUUCAAGAUCUGGACUCUGCCUGUGACCCUGCUCUCACUGCUAUGAGCAAGAUGCCGUGGCAGAGUGUGGAGCAUGUGGGUGACCAGAGUCCUUACGUGACGUCAAUCAUCAUGCACAUUAAACAAAAUGUGCCAAUCAUCAGAGACAAUCUGGCGUCCACCCGCAAAUACUUCACACAGUUCUGCAUCAAGUUCACAAAUUCUUUCAUUCCCAAAUUCAUCAACCACCUGUUUAGAUGUAAGCCUAUCAGCAUGGUGGGAGCUGAGCAACUCCUUCUCGACACCCACUCCCUGAAGACAGUUCUGUUGGAUCUUCCCUCCAUAGGCUCCCAGGUGCUCCGCAAGGCACCUGCCAGCUACACCAAGAUAGUGGUGAAAGGAAUGACCAGAGCAGAGAUGAUACUGAAGGUGGUGAUGGCCCCACAUGAACCACCAGUGGUGUUCGUUGACAACUACAUCAAGCUCCUGGCUGACGGCAACCCAGAGACCUUCCAGAAGAUUCUGGACAUGAAGGGUCUGAAGCGCAGUGAGCAGAGCAGCAUGCUGGAGCUGUUCAGGCAGAGGUUACCCACUCCACCCUCUGGGGCUGACGGAGGCCCCACCCUGUCCUUCAGUGGUGCCACCCCUGAGCAGGAGUCGUCCCGCAUCCGUAAACUGGAGAAACUCAUCAAGAAGAGACUGUGAUCAGACACAUUGAUAGUAAGAGAGGCUGCAGGAUGAGGACUCUUGCCCUCACUCUUCUCACAAACUUUAAUCAUCAUGGAGAAUCAAAGAAAGAGCAAAGAUCGGACUGAAUUUUCUGAAUGACAGUGAUGUGAAACUGAGCUGAUGCUGGAUUAUGAAGAAACUGCUACUUGUUGCUACAUCUGUCAUUUUGCUUCUGUAACUUCCUCUUUCUUCUCAUGACACUAAUGCCUGAGCUUUGUAACAUCCGCACAUUGUCGCACAGACCGAAUGUGGUGCUGUAAACUGGAUUGAGCUCAGAGAGCCGCUGGCUGCCUCUCUGGUACACGUCUAAUCCCUGAUGAUCACCAGCAGGCUGAUCAUAAUUAAAGUUGAUGUUUUCUGAAUAUAAUGUUCUUCAAGGAUAACUAUGGCUUUCCUCAAUCAUUUUUAAUUUGAAGUCUGUGUGUGUGUGCGCAUCACUGCCACCCAUUAAAGUGGACAUGCGUCAUA